AAAUAACAAUGGUCAAAGCUCAUUUUUGGUUUCUACUAAUUCUCAGUAUCUGGAGUAUAUUCGUUUCAGGGCAAUUUUAUGGUCCAAUGUAUUACGGUGGUGGUGGCUAUAUGCCAAUGACCUAUGGAUCAGGAUAUGGGUACGGAAGCUAUGGUGGAUAUGGAUCCUAUGGUGGUUAUGGACCUGGAGGCUACGGACCAAUGGGAUAUGGAAGCGCCUACAGUUUUUAUGGAAAAUAAAUAAUUAUUUGCUA